CUUUUGGAUUUAAUGAAAAUGACUCUAAGCUAUCGUCUUUGGGGUUGGGGCUCGCUGUAAAACAUCUGUGUGGUUUGCAGGUUACGGUCAAAAUCUGCUCCAGAACGGAAGCAAAAUGGAAUUACCGGCGACGGGGAUUUCAUCGGGACGGCAUUAAAAGCAGGUUAACCAAUUGAAAGGUAGGCUCGAGCUUAGGGUUUCCAGUCAAAGAAGAAGCUGAUCAUAUGGUUGUGAUCAUUGAGAUGUAUGUUUAGUUAUCAAACAACCAAGUAAUGGUCCAAAAGGUAAACCAAGGACUUGCGCUGCUAGUUCACUUGAUUGAAACAGGGAGAUGCAAGCCAAAGUAUUGGCAGUAAAAUCCUGAAACAGAAUUAGUAUCUCCACUCGGCCUGGCUUUUCUAGUGAAGGGGAGAGAUAUAGAUGCUUUGUCAUAGUUCAUGAUGAGCAUAUUAAAGAAUUUACACUACCUUGCAAUUGUUGUGGGUCAGUGGUUACUCUUAUGCUGAUUGCUAAUCAUAUCCUUCCAAACAACAUUGUGCCUGUCCUUGUACAGAAGCAUAAUUUUUUAAGGAAAUUAAGCGAGGUACAAGUUUGCCCUAGUAUAUUUGAUCAAUUGGCCACAUGUUUCCAGGUGAUUGGUAGAUGGUUGCUGAGUAGAUAAUUUGCUUCAAUAGGGGUAUGCCAUCUGGGAAAUUUGGGGUUGUCCAUUUUAUACAAUUGCUACAUAGGGGCAUUAGGGGGGACCCAUUCAUCACGUGGAGGUGGCUGCCUAUGGACAAUGCAAUAAGACAAAUAAAUAGUCAUUUACAAAUCUCCUCUAAUCCCCUCUCCACCAAUUAUCAGCAAUCUCCCACGUGGGAGUCCUUACCCCACUCCACCAUUAAGUCUCCUUUCCUACAGUAUAUAGCUACUCCUUUCUCAAUUCAUGAUCUCUUACUACCCAAUACUCUUUCUGAACUUGUCUCCCAUAUUCUAUUGUUUCUUCAACUAAUAUUUGCGACAAUCUGUCAUCUAUAGUUAAUAUGGGGGAUUCAUCUGCUUCAUAUAUACAUAUGGUGCAGCACCUGAUAGAGAAGUGCCUGAUCUUCCACAUGAACAAAGAAGAGUGCAUGGAAGCUCUCUCUAAGCAUGCGAACAUCGAACCAGUCAUAACUGCAACUGUGUGGAACGAGUUAGAGAAAGAGAACCCAGAAUUCUUUGCUGCAUACGCUCAAUCCCAGACGAAAGACAACCGAAUGUCGGAAGCAGAGACGAGCGCAAUGAUCCAGAAAAUGAUUUCAGAUCACGAUGCUAACAAAGAUUCUGACAACGAUCCCUCAAAGGGUUUAGGCAAGUAAUAUAGCAUUCGAAAACGAUCUAACCUUUUGAGUUCUGGUUGGCAGGAAGCUUAUAAACCAUCCUUCACUCCCAGCCAAUCUCAAGGAGAAUAUAUUUACACUGUGGUCCCUCCAUGAGAGUACUGGUGGUCCAUGCAGUUCCUAAUUAACAUAUGCUGUAUCCUAAAGUGGGGAGAUUGCCACUAUGCCCACAAUAGCUCUGAUAUGAUCACAGAAACCUGUGCUGAAAUCUUUGAGAACGACAAGUUACAGAAGCCGGUAGCCUGGUAAGCAUAUGUGGACGCACCGGGAUUCAGGGAAUCGCCAUGUGUUCUUUGCUGUGAAUUAAAAUUUGGCUCCACCACUCUCUUUUAGCUCUGUACAACAUUUUGUAUGGCACUGUUUCUGUUAUAUGUAUUAAUACAAAAAUUCUUGUA